AAUAUGGUUCCAUUGGUGUCUCGUCAUAAGUGGCUGCUUCCUUGCUACUUCCUACGGUUCUGAAAGCCAAAUCAAAGGUCCCAGUUUCUGCUAAAUGAUUAUGAAACUUCUUACGAAGUUAUUGUCUGUUAAAAACUGAGUCUUUGUCCGUGUUGACUUGGCUUGGUCUUAAUCCAGUGUGUGAUAGUUUCGUCUUGUACUUCAACUUUUGCGUUGUUUGGAUGUUCUCUACCUUCAAAUUUAGUAAUGGCACCGAAAGUUUCGAGCUUGGAAGCAGCCCAGAAAGCCAUAGACUCAAUUGGGCUGGGUUUUGACAUAACACAAGAUAUAGGUUUUGACAACUGUAAGAAGGGUUCAAGGUUGAUAUUUGUGGAUGAGAAACAGAGCCGUCUUCUUGAGAUUCCUGGAGGAGGGAUUUCAAUUCCAAAUGUCCCUAACUCUAUCAAAUGUGUCAGAGGGGAAUCCAUUAGAGUCUUCUCAGAAGUGCUACCCUUGCAACAGAUGUUGGAGCACUUCAACCAGGAAAUGUGCCUUGGUGGACGAACUGCAUCGGGUCAUUUCUGUUCUUCAUUUGGGUUAUCCAGCCGAGGUAUAAAGGAUUUGACUUCUAUCAAGUCUCUUGCUUAUGAUGGUUGGUUCAUCAAACGCUAUGCCAUUGAAUUAGAAAAGUAUCAUGGUGAACUCCUUGAUCAUGUCAAAGAAGCAGUGCCAUCGUCGUGGGACCCUGAAGCCUUGGCAAGGUUUAUAGAACGUUUUGGAACUCAUGUCAUAGUUGGGGUGAGCAUGGGAGGGAAGGAUGUUUUAUAUCUUAGACAAGAGGAUACAUCAUAUCUUGGACCUACUAGUAUUCAGAAAUUUUUGAAGGAUACAGCUGACAGGAAGUUCAAGGAUUCUGCAGACAAUCAUUGCCAGGCUUCUGAAGACUUCAGUAAAGAAAAAGAGAAUCUCGUUAUGAUACAUAGUAGGAGGGGUGGAAGCAAUCAAAUGAUGUAUCAUGAUGAAUGGUUAGGUACUAUUGAUUCGGAGCCUGACGUGAUAUCACUGUUCCUUCUCCCUCUGACAUCCCUUUUGAGAAGCAUCCGUGGAAGUGGAUUUGUGAGCCAUGCCAUAAAUCUUUAUCUCCGUUAUAAACCUCCAAUUGAAGACCUUCAUCAGUUUUGUGAGUUUCAGCUACCAAGACAAUGGGCACCUGUACUUAGUGAGAUUCGCCUUGGUUCUCAUUCGAAGCAUCAAGAGAACACCUGGCUUAGAUUCAGUAUCUUGGGUCCCAAGCUUUACGUAAACACCAUUCCAGUAGAUGUAGGGAAUAGACCAGUAGUUGGGCUAAGAUUACAAUUGGAAGGUAGAAGAAGCAACCGGUUGGCCAUUCACCUGCAGCAUCUGGCUUCUCUACCCAAGUCCUUACCACUUUCUGACAACGCAAAUACUUACUUAUCUUGUGACUCAUAUAACUGCAGCUGGCAUAAGAAAGUUAAAUGGAACUCUUUUUCAUACGUGUGUACUGCUCCAGUUGAGUCAAAUGAUAGUGUUUCAAUUGUGACAGGAGCUCAGUUACAAGUUGAAAAGAAGUGCCUCCUUCUGAGGCUGCGUUUCUCCAAAGUAAUUGGUGCCAUUCUGCAGAAGAUACCUGAAUGGGAUCGAUCCUCCAGUCUUGACCAGUUUAGCAUAAAGUCUGGGGGCAUCUUAGCAUUCAUUUCCAGUGAGGGACAGAGGGGCCUUCCAAAGCCAGGUGAUAAAACCAUUAGUUCCAAUACAUAUUCUUCUGUACGCCCUGCACCAGUUCACACACCAAAGCUUCAAAGGUUUGUUGACACAACCGAAAUGAUGAGAGGACCUGAAGAUACUCCUGGAUAUUGGGUUGUGUCUGGGGCAAAGCUUUCAUUUGAGCAUGGCAAAAUAUAUCUCCGUGUUAAAUAUUCACUGUUAUCGUUUGUUAGGUAAAGUGAAACUGAAGCUUCACAGAAGUGCUUUAAUGAUCACCCUAUCUUCUAUUGAAGUUAAAGGUGUUUCCCUGGCUUCAUAGUUAGCUGUUUUUUGUCAUCCUUUGACUUCAAAUGGAAGUGGAGUGAGCAUUAAACAACUUCUAUGAAGCUUCAUAUUCACUUUGCACAACAAAGGAAAAUAGUGAAUACUUAACAAGCACAUAUAUAUUUUCUCCUGCUCAACAGAAAAGCCUUGUUCUGGAAACAACCUAUGCGAACGAAAAAAAUAAUUAUGUGAUGUGGUAAGUUCUUAAAGGAUAUAUAGUAAGUACACGUAUACGUAUCAAAUGGGAUGAGUGUUUGUAUAAAAAGGUGAAAGAAAUGUAUAUCAUAUAUGGGUGUUUCACUUAAGUAGCAGAAUUUUAUGUUUUUUAAUCAUAAGCUUUUAUGAUUU